AAGCAUGUGUCAUCUUUAUUUAAAACUUGGCAACACCGUACUAUUCGAGAAUCAAAAGUGUGACGGGCUGAUAUUUUGUGAUUUUUGUGUUGAAUUUCUAAUAAAAAAAUGUCGACAUUAGCAGCCCCCUUAUCCGUUGCUGGCACCAGGACAUCAGGUGCUCCAGUCAGAACGCAAAAUGUGAUGGCUGCAGCAGCCAUAGCAAACAUAGUCAAAAGCUCCCUGGGUCCAGUUGGGCUUGACAAAAUGCUUGUAGAUGAUAUUGGAGAAGUCACAAUCACUAAUGAUGGAGCCACAAUCUUGAAAUUGUUAGAAGUAGAGCACCCGGCCGCCAGAGUCCUGGUAGAAUUGGCCCAGCUGCAGGAUGAAGAGGUUGGGGAUGGAACCACAUCUGUUGUCAUCAUUGCUGCCGAGUUACUAAAGAAUGCAGAUGAGCUAGUGAAAAACAAAAUCCACCCGACCAGUAUAAUAUCGGGCUACCGUCUGGCAUGCAAGGAAGCAGUGAAGUACAUCCAGGACAACCUAACUGUCACCGUGGAGUCGUUGGGCCGGCCGUCCAUCAUCAACGCAGCCAAGACUACCAUGUCGUCCAAACUUAUCGGAGCUGAUGCGGAUUUCUUCUCCGAGAUGGUAGUGGAUGCAGCGCAGGCCAUCAAGAUCACAGACUCUAAAGGCAAUGCGCAGUACCCGAUCAAAGCGGUGAAUAUCCUCAAAGCCCACGGCAAGAGUGCCCGCGAGAGUGUGCUGAUCAAGGGAUACGCCCUCAACUGCACGGUUGCUUCACAAGCUAUGCCCAGGAAGAUUGUCAACGCUAAGAUUGCCUGUUUAGAUUUCUCGCUCCAGAAGACGAAAAUGAAGAUGGGUGUUCAGGUGCUGGUCACCGACCCCGAGAAGCUGGAAGCGAUCCGCGCCCGCGAGCUGGACAUCACGAAGGAGCGCCUGCAGAAGAUCCUCGCGACGGGAGUCAACGUCAUCCUCUGCUCCGGCGGGAUCGACGACCUCUGCCUGAAGUACUUCGUGGAGGCUGGGGCUAUGGGGGUCCGGAGAUGCAAGAAGGCUGAUCUGAAGAGGAUCGCCAAGGCUACGGGAGCUACGUUCCUGACUUCACUCACCAAUAUGGACGGCGAGGAAGUGUUUGAGGCCAGUAUGAUUGGAGAAGCGGCUGAAGUGGUACAAGAACAAAUAUGUGACGACCAACUCAUCUUGAUCAAGGGUCCGUCUGCGCGCACGGCCGCGUCGCUAAUCCUGCGCGGGCCCACGGACGCGUACUGCGACGAGAUGGAGCGCUCGGCGCACGAUGCGCUGUGCGCCGUGCGCCGCGUGCUGGAGUCCGGCCGCCUCGUGCCCGGCGGCGGCGCGGUCGAGGCCGACACUUCUAUAUACUUGGAGAACUUCGCCACCACGCUGAGUUCGCGCGAGCAGCUGGCGAUCGCUGCGUUCGCGCAGUCGCUGCUGGUGAUCCCCAAGACGCUGGCCGUCAACGCGGCGCGCGACGCCACGGACCUCGUCGCCAAGCUGCGCGCCUACCACAACUCUGCGCAGACCAAGGUUGAACACGCAAACCUCAAAUGGGUGGGGCUGGACCUGACAGAAGGCACACUGCGGGACAACCUCGCGGCCGGCGUGCUGGAGCCCGCGGUCUCAAAGAUCAAGUCCCUGAAGUUUGCCACAGAAGCCGCCAUCACCAUCCUCCGCAUCGACGACUUGAUCAAACUCGACCCCGAACAAAAAGGCGGGAAAAGUUAUGAAGACGCCUGCAACGCAGGAGAACUCUAAUGCAGUAUUUUGUGAUGAAACUGCCGGCGCUUAGGCUACACUUUGAAAAAAAAAUGUGAAUCAAAAAUUAUGGAUCAAUAAGAUUUGUCAGUGGUACAAUUGUAUCUGAGAUAUUAAAAAUAUAUAGCAAAAUGUUGCUGUUGACCCCUAUUUUUGGUUUUAAAUUGUUUUUUAAAGUGACGUUGAUGUGCCACAGUUCGUCGUCGCAACGCGGUCUCAAUAACCUAUCUUAAGUUUUUAUCCAUGUAUGGUACUUUUUAGUUAACAAUAAAGCUUUAAAUUUUGUGAAA